AUGUCGGCGGCUGAGCCCAAAGACCUUGGGACGCUCAUUGUCGUGGUCGGCAAAGCGCGCAAUCUCCCGAACAAGUCGCGGUUCGGCAAGCAAGACCCAUUCUGCACGAUCACUGUAGCGCAAGAGAAGCAGAAGACGAAGCCGAUCAAGCGCGGUGGUCAGCACCCAGAGUGGGACGAGGAGCUCCGAUUCACUAUCAAAGAGGACCUAGACGACAUUCUAGAGUCGACCCAGAAGAACAACACCUCCAAGUCGAAGCGCGAUGAACUUCCGCCUCUUCCUCCCGAGCAGGGCGUAGUUACGCCGCAGUCGCUGGCGAACAUCAGCCGCAAGGGCGUACCUGCAGGCAGUGCGCCGAAGAAGAAAGCUAAGAAGACAAUGCGGAUCGCCUGCUACGCCGAUGAUCCGAAGGAGCCUGAGAUCAUCGGCGAAGCACUGGUCUCGAUCGACGACGUGCUUCAAAAGGGAGAAAUCGACGAGUGGUAUGAGAUCACUCACAAGGACAAGUACAGCGGAGAGGUCUAUCUGGAACUGACGUUCUACUCCAAUCGCGACGUUCCUCGACCUGCCGUCGCGACAGGCCCUGUGAGAUCCUCGCGCAUGCCCACGAGUGUGUCGGGCAUGAACCUGUACAUUCCCCCGUACGGACAGCCGGCCCGGCAACCCAGCCCGACUCCUCAGCCUCAGCCUCAACGACAGCCGACACAAAGGCCGAGCAUCCCGUCCUCCCAGAGCUUCGCCGAGCUCGGUUUACCUGCGCGUCAGGCAGCUGCUGCUUCGACUUUAGGCGGCCAGCAUCGUUUGCCGCACUCGACUUCAUACGGUGGCGUUGAUGCGCUGGCUGGUGGCAUGAUGAGCAUGUCCCUGAACCCCGCUACGCGGCAGGAUCACCGUCACUCGAUGAUCGCCACUCCUCCGACUGUAGCGGGAGGCAACGUCCUGACACCUCCAGUUCCGAGCCCCCAUCGGCCUGCAAGUGUCGGCCACAACCGUGUCGAUUCAGGAGGUGCUCCGGUCCCAGCGCCUCCGGCUCACUCGAACAGCCUCCCGCCCAGCACGUCGUAUGCGUCGCUGCCAGUUCAGCAGCAGCCUCCUCCCCCGGCCCAUACACCUCAACCUGCCUAUCAGCAACCGGCUGCUUAUCCUCAGUUCCAGCCUGCGCAGGCACCGUAUACGCCUCCACAGCAGCAGCACCCCGCUUACGCGUCUGUUCCAUCGCAGCCGGCCCAGCCGGCGCCUGCUCCACAGCCGCCUGCACUGCCCCCUCAAUUUAACCCUCCCUACAGUGGGCAGUCUCAUCUUGGAACGCCAGGCAGCACACCAUCUGUUCCACCGCCGCCUCGUCGUCUGUCGCAACCCGCUCCGUCGCCAUCGCCGUACCCACAGUAUGGUAGCCCAGCUCAACCUCCCCAAGGAGUGUCUUCACCUGCUGGACAUUCUCCAGUGCCGCCGACACCCGCGUCACAGCACAGCGUGCCCACGCCUAAUUCUGCUGGAUAUGUGCCAUGGUACAUGCAGACUCCGGGUACUGCAAACUCGCCCUCCCAGCCGCCUCCCCUCCCUCCGGCGCCGCCCAAGAACCCGAACGGAGGAUACUAUCCCAGCGACGAGCCGUUCGUUCAGCAGCAGCAGCAGCAGCCCGGUCAGCAUGGUAUGCCUCCACUCCCGACGCCGCCGCAACCAUUGUACGCUCCGCCGCAUCAGCCUGAGCGAUCGCCCUCGCCUCAGCCCCCUUCGCGCCACGCGUCGGUCUCCCCGGCACCCCACCGUCAGAACUCUGUAUCGCCGGCUCCUCCCCCGCCUCCGCGUCCUCUCCCCGAGCCUUACAAUCCUCCGCAGCCUCUGUCUCACACGCUUAACUAUGCGCAGCAGGGAACGGACUUUAACCCGGCGCAGACAGCUGCGCCCGAGGGCUGGAAAAGCACUAUUCAGCCCAGCACGAUCGGCACCAUCCAUGUUGCGCACACUCAAGGCGCCCCGCCCCCGACGAUGCCCGGCGGCUCUCCUGCCCGUACCUCUACGAUGACGAGCAACCGCGACUGGCGCAACUACCUGGGCAGCCUAGGAGGCGGCGGGGCUCCUCAGACGCCCCCUUCGCAGCAGCAUGCUUACGGCGGUUCACCCCAGCAGCAGUCGCAGCCUGGCGCCUUUGGUGUGGGCCCGCCCCCUCCUCCUCCCCAGUUUGGCACCCCCCAGAACCAGGGCACGCCCAACAGCUACAGCCAGCCGAGUUACGGCCAGUUGGGCAGUGCGUACAGCACUCCCACGCAUGCCGCAGGUAGCAACUACGGCACGCCCCAGCACCCGAGCAGCAGCGCGUACAACACCCCGACCCACCAAGGCAGCUACGGCACCCCCGAGCCGCCGAGGCAGGACUCGGUGUCGGGCCACGCCCACCGUGGCAGCGGAUCCAGCAACCCGUCCGACCCCUUCUCAAUCCUGCAUGCGCAGUACAGCGCCGCGGCGCAGACCCCGCCUCACGGCCAGAGCUGGUACACGCCGCCCCCUAGCGUGCCCUCGAGCCUGUACCAGCCGCAGCAGCAGCAACAGCAGUGGAACCAUUAG